CCGCAGCGACAACAAGCUCGAUGGGCAAGUGGGGGCUUUCCGCGCGGCCGGCCUCGGCCUACCAAACCUGGUUUCGCCGGUGGUGAGGGCAAGUCAGAGUGGUGGGUAGUUGACGGCGAGAUGCACGAGAUAGGAGAUCACGUUCCCCACCGAGAGCGCUUUGUUAUACCUAGAGAUAACCUUCCCAAUCGCCGCCGCAAGCAGAUGCGCGAGCAGUUCAUGCGCCGCACUCGCCUCGUCCUUAAAGAAUCGGAGCAUGAGCCUUGGUGUAAAAGGUACAUGGAACUAUAUAAUGAGCUUAGAGAGAAUUGGGAAAGGCUGUACUGGGAUGAAGGUUACUCAAAGAAGGUUGCUGAAGAUCAUGCUAAUUAUGAAUCUUCUGAGGACGAUGACUCGGACUUUUCACCUUAUAGGAGGAGGCGACCUUUUGCAGAACUGAAUAAGGAUCAUAGUUUUGGUGGACCUAGAUCUUCUGAUACUUGGGAAAAUGUCAGGCAAAUUCGUGACAAGUUUGAAUAUGACAGAGAGAGAAAAAUGAGAGAGAAAGCAUUUGCUCCCAUGAAUGCGGCAGACAAUUUCAAUCAUCAUGACUCGGCGGCUCCCAGAAAGCAGCCUUUGGAUGCCAGCAAAUAUUUCCCUCAAAACUUAAGGGAUUGAAUUCGUAAUACUCUUCAAUCCUUUCUUAUGAUAGUUUUUGGCAGAUUAGAAGAGGAAUGUUCUAUCGUACUAUCCCACUAUCAGGAACGAGGAAUUAUUCCAACGUUCUUUUCCCCAUUGAAAAUUAUUUGAUUAUUGGUAUUCUUGACUACCCUUUGUUGAUGUAUGAAUAGGGCUGUCAAAAUGGCUCCUUAAGAAG